UUUUUAUUUUCUCCAUCUAUUCUUGACCGAGUUCAAUGGAACACCUGUAAGCAUGAAUGACAGCUGAUUCUGUCCAUAUGGUUCAUUGUCCUACCUGAUGAAUCGGCUUUUUUAUCUGUGUGUGUAGUAUAUCAUGACAACUGACAAAGAUGCUUCUGCACGCUCCACAAAAUCAGUUGAUUGGGAACGCUUUGGUCUCAGUGCGGAACCAUCUUUGGAAAAGGGCCCACUUUUGGGCUCAUGGGGAGAAGGAGAAGGUAGUUCCCAUUUUCAUGACAAAGGAGCCAAAGAAUUAUUUCAUGAAGAUCAGUUAGCAAGCAACAAACCUUGGUGGAAAACCAAUUUCUUUCUAUCAGAACCUGUUUUAUUUGGCGUAUGGGAUGGUGUAUUCACAUCAUGUAUGAUCAAUUUGUUCAGUGUGAUUAUAUUUCUCAGAGUUGGUUGGAUUGUUGGUGAAGCUGGUAUUGCUCAGUCUAUAGGUAUAGUGUGCCUAACAGUUCUUAUUGGGACUACUACUGUGCUGUCAGGAAUUGGAAUCUGUGAAAGAUGUCACCUUGAAAGUGGAGGCGUUCAUUUUCUUUUGUCACACAUUUUUGGAACUCGUAUGGGUGGAGCAGUCAGUUUGAUCUAUUGCUUUGGUCAAUCUGUGAGCUGUGCAUUACAUGUUAUGGGGUUUGCUGAGUCUUUUUCUCAAGUACUUGACAUCACUAAUACUUGGGCUAUUCGUGCUGUUGGUAUGGUCAUGAUAAUUCUUCUUUUAGGUAUUAAUUUGGCUGGAGUGAAAUGGGUUAUACGCUUACAGUUUGGAUUACUGAUAAUAUUGCUUUUAGCAGCUCUUGAUUUAGCUGUGGGAACAUUUAUUCAAGUGGAUAUAGAUCAUGGAGUCGUUGGAUAUAAUUUAGAGAACCUUAAAAAUAAUACUGGCCCUGAUUAUACUGACAAUGAAAACUGGUUUACAGUUUUUGGAGUAUUUUUCCCAGCUAUGACAGGGAUUCUUGCUGGUAUCAACAUGAGUGGGGACUUGCAUAACCCAUCUAGAGAUAUACCUGUUGGAACUUUAGCAUCUGUUGGCACCAGCUUUUUUAUUUAUAUGACUUUUGUGGUUGGAUUGGGUGCUACAUGCCAGAGAUGGGCCUUGCAUACAGAUUACAUGAUUGCUUCAAAAGUUUCUGCAAUUGGUGUCCUCUUACUUGCUGGUUUAUAUAUUUCAGCUAUGUCAGCUUGUUUAGGUGCACUUUAUGCAACUCCAAGAAUUAUUCAAAGCAUGGCAAAUGAAAAUGUUAUCCCAAUAUUGAAGUUUUUAGGCAAAGGGAAAGGUCCUAAUAAAGUACCAAUCUAUUCACUCAUUGUCUUUGCGAGUGUUACUUUCAUUUUUGUUCUGGUUGGCAGCAUCAAUACAUUGGCUCCAAUAGUCACCAUACCAUUUCUUCUAACUUAUGCUUCUGUUGAAUAUGCUUAUUUUUCUCUUGCCAUGACUUUUGAUAUUCAAAAGAAACGAGAAGAAAGGUAUGCUGAGCAAGGUCUUCAAAGCCCAUCAUUUGUUUUGGAUCAAGGUAGACUAGCUUAUGGGUCUACAAAAGAAAAUAAGGUUGAUGCUGAUUUAGAUGAACUAUUUCCUGAGCGUGUACCUCAUCAUAAGCGCGGCAUGGUUCAUGACGGCAGCAGUUUGAGUAUUUCUGCUACAGAGUCACCAGUAACCUCACCUGAUGAACAUAGUUCCAUUCGAAGUGCAGAGAGCAGAAAUUCUCAGAUUAGCAUUAACCAACCAGUUGAGAAUACUUCAGACCAAGCAAAAUUGUAUCGAAAUGAAAUAGGCUCUAAGCGUAAAAGAUGGUAUACAAUUUUUUGUAAUAGAUGGCUAGCCCUUGUUGGGGCAAUUAUAAAAGUUUCUAUGAUGUUUUUGGUACAAUGGAUUUAUGCUUUGUCAUCUUUAGUCAUUCUUUUGGCAUUGUGGUUUUAUAUUGGACAAGUGAAUCCAGGCAGUUUUAGAGGUAUAGCAGAAUUUAGAUUAUUUCCAUGGAUAAAAAAUAUGUUCUACAGAUGUUUAGGUUGCAAAAUAAUGGAUUAUGAUCAGAUAAUAGUUGCUCCAAACAUUCCUGAUCUUGAAGUGAAGGAAGCUCAACUAACUGAAGACAAUGUUGACUAUGCUUCUCGAAAGCGCUAUCAUCAUUCCAAAACCAUUGAAAGUGUUCCUCAUCCAACUCAUCUGGAAAGCGAUUAAUAUUGCUCAGAUUCAUUAAUGAUAUAAAUCAAUAUUUUGCUGACGAUGAUUCAGAAGUAUAUUUAGUAGCAAAAAAGGGGAAGACCUACCAUUACUACCAUUCCUCAUCAUUAGAUGCAUGCUGAGUGUUUUCAUAUGCUUUUAUUUAAAAGAAGUAUUUUAAGUUUAGAGUUUAUAGUUUUAAUUUCAUAGAGAGAGAAAAUACUUUAAAAUGCUGUCAAUCUUUAUUUUAAAGAUUUCUCAAGAAAAACUUUUUGUGUAGAAUAUUUUACUAAUGCAUUCUGUUUUGUUAGUGAGUAGUAUAUUCUAUUGUAUAGUGACUUUUAUGUGCAAUAUUAAUAUUUUGU